UUUUUUGGUUAAAUUAUUUGUUUUAUUCCUAUGGUUUCCUGAGUUUUAAUUUAAUUUUUAUGAUUCGAGCUUAGUUUUAAUUUGGUCCCGGUGGUUAAACUCUACCAAUACAUAUUUUCUUUUAUUUUUUUACUUGAUCCUAAAUCUUUAUAAUAGAACACACUUGUUCAUUUCCAAUUGAUAGUAGAUCAAACUAUAAGAAUCAAAUUUUAACUUUUAUAAUUGUAAAAACCACAUUGAAAGUAAUCCAAACCAUAUAGAUCAAGUUAGUUUCUGAUUAUGAUUUCAAAAAAUGUAUAGUAAAUUAUAUGACAGAUCGCUUUUAUUCUAAUUGAUUUCUUUUUGAUUCCUAGUACUUAAAUGAAACUUAAAUGGUCUUUUUUCUGAAUGUUUGACCCCAACUAUUCUCACAUAACAAUCGUUUUGUCCUACUAUACAUAACAAUUGUUUUGUCCUACUAUAUUUUGGUUACAGUAUUAUUUUUGUGUUUUCGCAUUUUGAAAUCUCCAGUUAUUUUUUACAAGAGAAGGAAAAAAAAAAUCGUUAUAUUUAUAGUAAUUUUUUAACUGUUAUAAAGGUUUUUCAAAAACAAGAAAAGAAAGAAAUAUCUUCAGAUGUCAAACAAAUUUCCAGGGACAAAAAAAGCAGCCUACAAAGCAGAAAAUUAACCAAGUCGAUAAAAAGAAAAAAAAAAGUUAUAUUUUUGGUGGAUUUGAGUAUAAGUUUAUUGUUAUAUUUUAAAAUGCAUACUAUUAUUUAUCAUUUAUGUAAAUGGCUCAAAAGAAAUAAAAGAUUUAAAAAAAAAAAAAAGAAAAGGCCAUCCAGCACCGUUUCCCGCCAAAGGAAACGGGCUUUCAUUACCCGGCAGCGGCAAUCCACGUCUUCCAACAGUGGGACCCACUCACUACCUUUUUUUGUUAUGAAAAGAAGAGCCAAGRRAAAAAAAAAAAGCCCACUGUUUUUCAUUUUCUUAAACUCGUUCGGGUCCUUCUCCACUCCAAUCAAAAGACCCAAAACAGACCCCUUUUUUGGGUUCUUUAUAGCUUCUUCUGAUUCUUUUUAUUCUCUCGUUCAAGUCAAGAAAGAAGGCCAUGGGAUCUUAAAAUAUAAAUUACAUAAACAUAAACAUACCUGCUUCUAUGGCUUUCUGCUGCUCUCUUGUCUGCCGUGCCGCCAUCAGCAUAAAGCUUCGAACCCUUCCUUCCACCUCGAUAUCUGCAAAAAUGGUGGCUGUGGCUCCAAGGUCGCUUCUUUGAGCCCCCAUUCUCGGCGGACAGUAAACAAUGAAAUGUGUGUGUCUUUUCCUCUGCCUCGUUAAACGCGCCACCAAUGUGAACGAGGGGCUAUGAUGUUGUAGAUUUGUCAAAGUUUUUCCUGUUUCCGGAUAGUGCUGCCUCCUGCAAUCUUCAUUUCAGCGACAAAUUAGGGGAGUGGAGUUCUGAAAAAGAAAGGAAACACAUACCUCGUUUCGAGAGUACGCACAGGCUUCUUCAAGACCCUGGCCUUAUAUUCUUCUGAACAUGGUUGCCUUUGUAGCUGUAAUAGUCUGCUUGGUUCUUCUGAGAACACCCAACAUUUAUGUGGCAAACGAUGAAGAGUGGAAAUCUGCUACUGCAACAUACUCCAAAGAAACUGAUGGGUCAAUCGUUACAGAAGGGGCUUGUGGUUACGGAGAUCUGCAUAAGAUUAGCUAUGGAAAACACAGCGCUGGACUGAGUAGCAUGUUGUUUAAUAGAGGGAGUACCUGUGGAGCUUGCUAUGAGCUUAGAUGUGUUGACCACAUCUUAUGGUGCUUGCAAGGAAGCCCGACCGUGAUUCUAACAGCGACGGACUUCUGUCCUCCCAAUUAUGGCUUAUCCUCUGAUUAUGGUGGGUGGUGCAAUUUUCCCCAAGAACACUUUGAGAUGUCAGAGGCAGCGUUUGCUGAAAUAGCAGAGAGAAAAGCAGAUAUUGUGCCAGUUCAAUACAGGAGGGUGAGGUGUGACAGGAGUGGUGGAUUGAGAUUCACAGUCCGUGGCAAUUCUCGCUUCUUUCAAGUUCUGAUUACCAAUGUCGGAAUGGACGGUGAAUUGGUGGCAGUGAAAGUGAAGGGAUCAAGAACAGGAUGGAUACCACUGGCAAGGAACUGGGGACAAAACUGGCAAAGCAAUGUCAAUCUUCAUGGGCAACCUCUCUCUUUUGAAGUUACCUCUAGCAGUGGAAGAGCACUUACUUCCUAUGGUGUUGCACCUGGAAACUGGCAGUUCGGGCAGACAUUUGAAGGGAAACAGUUUUGACAUUGUCAUGCAAUUGAGGAAUCUAAAUCAAAAUUUUAGGCCUUCUUCAAGGAAAUAUAACUAGAAACUCAAGCAUUAGUAUUACACUGGCAGUGGCAUGUUAAAUCUCUUGAUGUGUAAACGCGCAUCAGAAUUAGACUGCACAAAAUUAGCAGUCGCAUAGAGCCUGCAUUUUUCAUCUGAACUAUGUAUAGUUUUACAAAAGCAAUGUAGCUCUACAGAACCCGGUUUUGUC